UCAAAUCUGCUGCCAUCGUGUCGGGAUUGGAACAUUUACAGAGUAAGAAUCGGAACAAUUGAGCGUUUUGGUAAUUGGACACUAGGAUCAAGGAAUCCCAUAUCGGUAACAAUUUCAAUGUAUUUGCGAAGUCACAUUGUAACUGUACGUACUGUUUGAGAUCGUUGCGUCCGUUUCUUCGUUUAUAUCAGGCCCUAUUCUCUGAUGAGAUUAUUUUUUUGUUGGCGUGUAUGAGGUCUGUCGGGAGAUUAAAACAUAAGAGAAAUGCAGGGAUUUGUGAGGCUACAUUUGCACUGAUGAACCGCUCUUGUUCUACUAAGCUUUAUUCGUUCGUUUAUGGAACCAUGGAGUGAAAUAUCGCCGUAGAAAACGCGAGGAACAAGACGACUUCUACUCCGAGACCUCUGGAUCUAAACCCGCCACACCGACUGCUUUAAAUCCCAGCCGGCGUGUUAACGAUUUUACAUCUCAAACGUGGGAUUCCUUUUUUCCCCCUGUGUUGGCCAAGGCAGGGAAUCUGAUGAACCCCUGCCGCUACUCUCGCAGGGUAAAGAGCUAAUAAAAAGCUUCGGGGCAGCUCUGAACUGGGCGCAGUUUAGCAUUUGAAUACAGCUUGGCUGUAUGAGGGAGGGAGCGAGAGGGUCAGAGAGCGUAGGAUAUCUGAUCGUUUUUAACUUGGUCGAGGGAGUGAAAUGGUCAAACUAGCAAGACGGGGGAGAAAACGCAUUUAAAAAUCGCCCACAUGCUCUGGAUCAAUCGCUGGAUUGGGGCACGGAAUACGAAGAAGUGGGAAGACACGAGUUUGAAAUCUUUGCGGGCUGGAAGAUGGCAGAGGGGUGUAGUUGGAGGUGGUGAGAGCCUAACUUCUGGCCACUUCGAAUUUAUUUGUAAACAACUUGCCCCUAUUCGUAGGACACAUGCAGGCCAAAAAACGAUAUUUAAUCCUGCUCUCCGCCGGUACAUGUCUAGUUCUGCUGUUCUACUUUGGAGGUGUACAACUUCCAGCUUCGGGCAGGAACCGGCAUGACCGUAGCCACAAUGGAUAUCGCCCCGACCAGCCGUGGCCACACUUCUCGGACCCUUUACAACAGUUCCUACUCUGGGAUCAACCGGACACCGAGGAAUACAACAGUCACAUAUCGCCAAGGCAAAAGAGGGACGUUAAUACAAGCGUGUACAAAGGCAAAAGAUGUCGCAUGGAUUCGUGCUUUGAUUUCUCAGCAUGCAAAAAGAACGAUUUCAAAGUGUACGUCUACCCCCAGCAGAAGGGGGAGAAAAUCUCAGAAAGUUACCAGAAUAUUUUGUCGAUUGUUGAGGGAUCCAGGUUCUACACCACUGACCCGGGUCAAGCUUGUCUAUUCAUCCUGAGCCUGGACACCCUGGACCGGGACUCGCUGUCUCCGCAGUACGUGCACAAUCUCAAUACCAAGGUCCAGAACCUUCAUCUCUGGAACAACGGCAGAAACCACCUCAUAUUUAACUUGUACUCUGGGACAUGGCCGGACUACACGGAAGACCUAGGUUUCGACAUAGGCCAGGCCAUGUUGGCCAAGGCCAGCAUCAGUACCGAGAUCUUCAGGCCCAACUUUGACGUGUCCAUCCCGCUGUUCUCCAAGGAGCACCCUAGGACCGGAGGGGACAGGGGUUACCUAAAGUACAACUCCAUCCCACCUUUCAGGAAAUACAUGCUUGUGUUUAAGGGGAAGCGAUACCUUACAGGUAUAGGGUCAGACACGAGGAAUGCCUUAUAUCAUGUCCAUAACCAGGAGGAUGUGGUGCUCCUCACCACCUGCAAACACGGAAAGGAUUGGCAGAAACACAAGGACGCACGCUGCGAAAAGGACAACGCAGAAUAUGACAAAUAUGACUACAGAGAGAUGCUGCACAACUCCACUUUCUGCUUGGUGCCUCGGGGCAGACGCCUGGGAUCCUUUCGCUUCCUGGAGGCGCUGCAAGCAGCCUGUGUGCCUGUGAUGCUGAGUAACGGCUGGGAGCUGCCCUUCUCUGAGAUCAUCAACUGGAACACGGCGGCCGUCAUCGGGGACGAGAGGCUCCUGCUGCAGAUCCCAUCCACGGUGCGCUCCAUCCAUCAGGAUAAGAUCCUAGCACUGAGGCAGCAGACCCAGUUCCUUUGGGAGGCCUACUUCUCCUCUGUGGAGAAGAUUGUGCUGACCACUCUGGAGAUCAUCCAGGACCGGGUGCUGCAGCAGGAGUCCAGGAGCACCUUGAUGUGGAACAGCCACCCCGGGGGGCUCUUCGCCCUGCCACAGUACUCUGCCCACCUGGGAGACUUCCCCUUCUACUACGCCACCCUAGGUAUAAAACCGCACCCCAAGUUCACAGCAGUCAUCCAUGCAGUCACCCCCCUUGUCUCCCAAUCCCAGCCCAUCCUCAAGCUGCUGGUGUCUGUUGCCAAAUCACAGUACUGUGCACAGAUCAUUGUGCUGUGGAACUGUGACAAGCCUCUCCCUGCUAAGCACCGCUGGCCUGCCACCUCUGUGCCCGUCAUUGUCAUCGAGGGAGAAAACAAGGUGAUGAGCAGUCGCUUCCUGCCCUACGAGACCAUUGUCACCGACGCUGUGCUCAGUCUGGAUGAGGAUACGGUGCUCUCGACCACAGAGGUGGACUUUGCCUUCACGGUGUGGCAGAGCUUUCCAGAGAGGUUGGUGGGCUACCCGGCCCGGAGCCACUUCUGGGACAGUAACAAGGAGCGCUGGGGCUACACUUCCAAGUGGACCAAUGACUACUCCAUGGUGCUGACCGGAGCUGCCAUCUACCACAGAUAUUACCACUUCCUUUACACAAACUUCCUGCCUGCCAGCCUGAAGGGCAUGGUGGACCAGCUGGCCAACUGUGAGGACAUCCUCAUGAACUUCCUGGUGUCAGCCGUCACCAAGCUGCCGCCCAUCAAGGUCACCCAGAAGAAGCAGUACAAAGAGACCAUGAUGGGACAGUCGUCGCGGGCGUCGCGCUGGGCCGACCCGGACCACUUCGCCCAGCGGCAGACGUGCAUGAACAAGUUCGCCAGCUGGUUUGGCGGCAUGCCCCUGGUCCACUCCCAAAUGAGGCUGGACCCGGUGCUGUUCAAGGACCAGGUCUCCAUCCUACGCAAGAAAUACAGGGACAUCGAGAGGCUCUGACAGGACGUGCACCCCCUGCCAGAGAGGCCGGGGGAGGCGGUAGCCGAAGGAGGACCACGACAGUGGCAGUAGGACAGUCAGCCACCUGGAGCCCAAUCCAAGGCGGCGCUACAGCUCCGUCUUCCACUCAGCACAUUGCCAAUGACCACAGCAGCGCCAGGACUUGACGAGCGAAAUGGUGUCUGGAGAACUAUGCGUAUACACACAAAGAAUAUACAGAUCUAUAGUAUGUUCACAUAAACACACACAGACACUACUGACGAGACUCUUGAGUAGAAUAUUUUUUUUUGUAUGAAUGCCACGAAGGAGCGAAUUACGACAGACUUUCCUGUGACUCUCUGCACAUGUGCAGGAUGGUAGAGGAAGGGAGGUGUCCAACAUGGCAACCCAACCUCAGAUCAGAUCCGCCCCGGGCUGGUAACCUAGACUCAAUGCAACCCCACCUUGACUCCUUCAUGACCUCCCUAUGUCUGCAUCAGGACCCCUGAGACACUCACCACCAGCCCCUGCUCUGGACCCUGGGAAACCAUGUUCCUCCAUUACUUUUCUAACCAUACUUCCCUCCCAUAUGUACACUGGUUUGAAGCCUUGGGGUCUUAUCUUCCUAAGAAUUGUCCCCGGAUUAAAUGAAAUACAACAUUUGGUAGUAAAGGUCGAGAAAAGUUGAGUCAAAGCUUUCCCCCUUUAUAUUUUUGUUAUUCUUUUACUGGAAGGAUGGUUUAAAAGCCACCAUUUUCAAAUGGUGCCACUUGUAUUGCCAUGAGGCAGUCACAAACCCACUAUAUGCUCAGUCUUUGAUUUUCUGAUAGAUUUCUAUUUCUGUCUGUUUCUCUGAUUUAUCACAAUGAUAAGCCAGAAGCAUAUCACAUUUGAAAUGUACCCUUUUUCCUUCAAAACUCUAAAAAGCAGUUUCACUUUUCUUCUCGUUUUCCCCCUCGGAAGCUCAGCGCCGGUGUGUGUACAGAGGCUGAAAGUAGGCUCAUCCCACCAUAAGCCCAAGCGGAGUACUUUCCCUCCGUCGGAAUGAGCAACAUGAACAUUUCUGGAUGAAAUAGAGCAGAACACUGCCUUCUAAACCAAACCCUUUUCACGCAUUUAUUUCCCCUUUAUUGUUUAUGAGCAAUACCGUGGCAGAAGGAGUGCAUGCUAAAUUUAGACCCUGCUUCAUUUCCACAGGGGUGUUACAGGUUUCAGUGACUCGUCUGUUGUGCCAUGUCCCCGAAACGCACAUUAGGGCUGCCUUUUUAAAAUUGCUUAUUGCACAUAUUUUCCGUAAAUCGAUAUCGAAAGCAGGAGAAGAUGAUAUCUGGUGGAAAUGCCCUCUGUAAUAUUCGUUGUUCUUCCUAGAUUCCCUCAUAAUGAUGUUGGUGUAAUACAAGCCUCAAAGCCAUUCGACAGACAUAGCCAUCUCCUACACCAUUUGUCAGAGGACAUAUGUUUUGUGUUUAAUUAGAGAAAGACAUUUCAUUUGAAGUGUUGGUUUCCCUGGGGAGCAGCCCUUGAUGAAACCGUCUGUCUCUAUAUUUCCCAUCACGUCUGACUCUGCUCUGGAUGCAGUGACCCAGAACCUUGGCCCUUUGGCUCUAGGCGUACAGUGAAAAGACAACCAGCUCCCCCUCACCUAGCCUUGUCAUUGUGAUGUUCUUCAUUACCCUCUCUGUUCAUCAUUUCUGUUGCUCCUAGUUUUCCUGUGAUGCUGUUGUACUCACAAUAGGCUCAUCCCAGCUCAACUACAUUUGUCCUGACACAUUUUUGUAUUGUGGUCAAAUAGGAAAAACCUCUCUACUUUCUUUUAUUGAUAAUUUAAGGAAAUAGCUUUGAGAUGUGGAAGCUCAUGACUUUAUAGUGAAAUCUUAUUGUGAACAGGCUUUAGUCCUUGUACCACACACAGAGCCCUGCUAGUUCACUCGAACAGGUACUUGAAUGUCUGAAGACUUGAAGGAGCGUAGUGUGCUUGAGUGGCCUUUUAUUGUGAAGGUGACUGAACUUAAAGGGCCAGUUUCCCGGACAUGGAUGAAACCUAGUCCUGGACCCCAACAACAAUUCUCAAUGGAGAUGUCCAUUGAAAGUGCAUUCGUGUUCAGAACUAGGCGGCAUCUGGCUCCGAGAAACCGGCCCAUAGUGUAUCAGCUGUGAGCCAAAGCUCAACUAUCAGUUUUUUUCUACCCCCUUCGUCGUAUCUGCGUCAUUUCUGAUUGAGGUUGUUGUAGACUCUUUUUCACAGUGAUUUUGUGGUUUUCAUCUUCCAUAUCAGGAUACAAUCAAUGGAGUUCAGUGUCCACACAUGGCCAAUGAGUUGAUAUUGUGUCAUUGGUGGGCCUGGCCCAUCUACUCUCGUCAUUUUCACAAUGUCAUAUGUGAUAUUAUCAGCAUAACACUUAAUACUACAGUACAGUUAGAUUUAGUACAGUUUCAAAGCUGGUAUAUUGUCAAUAUAUUGUUUUUUCACAAAAUGUUUGCAUUUCAUUUUUAUUUUCUUUCUGGCAAUGUACUCGGGAGGAGUUUGGAAUGAACUUGUAUGACUUGAUAUUGGCCAAGAGAGAUUUACGUUGUAUUUUGAUGUUGACUUACAGCAAGCCUUGGAUCUCUUGGCACUAGACAUGCAUCUCAAUGAUUAUGAAAAACGUUGGCCUGCAUCUGGUCCCCUUUUUGAAGUUCAGUAAACCAUCUUUGUAUCAAGCCUUUUUCUAUCUAGAAUUGUCUGAACGAACUUGUUAUAUCUCAAGAGCGAAAGUCCCCAGCCUUGCACAUUGACUUCACGAGCGAAACCGGAGACAAACAUUUCUGUACAUAUACAUGUAUAUUUAUUUUCAUAUGUGAGCAAAACCAGACUCUGUAUAGUAUGAAAUGACAGGAUUUCUUGGCUGAAGGAAUAGUUGAGCAAAAAAAAUUAAUCUGAUUUUGUAAAAUAUACAUUUCUUUAAGCCUUGUGCUUUGGGUCAGAUUGACCCGCACAGUGUAAACACUCGACAGUCAAAUAAUCAAGUAAAAAACAGCUAAAAACCUUUGUCUUGUCAGACCUUUCAGAAAGAAGAAAUACAAGAAGAUUUGAUUACAUUGAAAUACUAUUUGUUAAAUAUAUUUGUCACAAAC